AUGUCCUUCGCUGCUCCCCGCUUUGCGUCGCCUCCACCCGUCUACGCUUCCGAUCCUCUGAACGCUCCCCAAGCACACUUUACCUCUCUCAAACCCUACCUCACCCUCCCCUAUCUUCUUUCUCUUACAUGGCUUGCGACGCCUAUUAUUUCCUUGCUAUUUAUAAUAUUUCGUUUAAUUAUUUCUCAAGGAGCUGCUCAAGACGGUGUCGAGGAUGCGAAAGGUGUGCUUAUUGCUAGUUGCGCAGCUGCAGAACGAGCUGCCCAGGGUGUGGGCAGCAUUGGUUCAUUCAUGGCAGCUGGGACCAAUCGUCAAAUUGAAGCUGCGGUCAAUGGCACGAUCAACGCUUCUCGCGCAACCAUGAUUUUCAGGCAAGUAGAUCUCACCGCCCUUCAAGGGAUUAUCGAGUUUGUUAUUGACAUGUAUCGCUCCAUUUUCCUAUGUUUCUUGGAGCUUGUCGUCCGAGGAGGCCUUGCUAUUAUCAUCGGAGCAUUGACAGAAGUCACCAACUUCCUGCAAAAUACUGUCAAUGGUCUCAAGUCCUCCAUCCAGGGUGAUAUCCAGUCUGCCAACAAUGCGAUUGCAUCGGCUGUCAAUGCAAUCAACAGCGUUACCCGGCUGGUCAAUGUGAAGCUUGAUGUUCCUCAGUUCUCGAUUCCUGCUCUCUCUGGUCUCGAUAAUAUUAGGAUCCCUACUGACCUUCAAGAUGGGCUUACCAAGCUUAACUCUACUCUCCCCACGCUCGACCAGCUGAGGGACACUGUUGAUAAGAUCAUUGCGAUCCCCUUUAACGAGCUCAAGAAGGAGAUUAACGAAACCUUCGCUUCUCCCUCGAUGCGUUUUAAUACUUCUGUGCUCGCAGUCCCUGCUCGCUCCAAUAUCCAGUUUUGCGAUGGGCUAGAUACUUCUAUCGUGGAUGACCUCGGUCGGGAUCUUCGUAAGAUUGGUCAGAUCGGAAUUGUUAUUCUGCUCCUUGCACUGGUCUUGCUCAUCCUUGGCGCCAUGGCCGUGGAAUGGUACAAGUGGCGCGUCCUUCAGGGUGAACUGGAGCGUACACGAGAAGCUUGGAGCACUGAUUCCAAUGUCCAACACCCCCAGCUCAAUGGACAUCAGGGCGUUCCUAUGAUGGUCAUGUCCGACGAUAACUUGAUGCUUUUACACGCAACGCAGCAGCAUCCUCUAUUAUCAGCUUUGGCGAACCGACUAGCAAAUGCAUUGAAGCUAUCAGCAACUUCUUACACGCAUUUAAGAUUCUUCUUUGCUUAUGUUUUUCACCCAGCUGCGCUGGCGUGCCUUUUGAUUGGACUGUUUGGUCUAAUCUCUGUUCAAGUUCAACUAGCCGCUAUUGGGCCUAUUCAAAGACACUACUCGAACCAGGUAUCUAACUCUGUCAGCGAUUUCACCAAUAGUAUCGCCCUUUCUAUCAAUGGUGCUAUGCAAGAGGACUCGGCGGCUUAUGCUGCUCAAGUGAACGCUCAAACCUCUGCUAUGCAGUCGGCGAUUAACGACAAUCUUUUCGGCUGGGUCAACGGUACAACGGUUACUCUCAACAACACCUUGGUUGCUUUCUACGACGAUAUCCAAAGUACUGUCGAGCUUGUCUUUGGUGGGACUAUUUUGGAGACGCCGGCACGCGAGUUCGUCCGCUGUCUGAUUGGAACAAAGGUUCAAGGCAUCGAAAACGCCCUCACUUUUAUCCAUGACAACUUGAAAGUGAACAUGCCUACCGUGUCCAGUGACGUUCUACUCCUAUCCAACUCGUCGGUGAACGCAAUUACACAGCCCAUAUCUCUGGCCGCAGUUGGCGAUGGUACACAAUCAGAAGAUGGUUCUGGCUCUGGUAUAGUCGGUAAACUGAUCGCUCGUUAUAUUGCUUCUCUUGAGAAAGAGCGCCUCAUGUUUCUCAUUUUCCUCGGGAUUUGGGCCUUUGUUGUCGUCAUUGCGUUGUGCAUCAUUAUCUGGCAUACGUUUGGUGCUCGCUGGCUUCACGAGAGUAGGCAGCGCGCAUGGGAGAACGAUCAAUCAUUUGGGCCUUUCUCGAGGCGGCCAAGCGAACAAAGUCGCUAUGCAUUCCCUGGUGUCCCUGGUGGGGCCCCAUUCGGUACUUUGCAUGCCAGACCAUUGGAAGGCGAAACUGAAAAGGGUUUCCAAGGCGGGUUGAAACGCUUGUUCUCGAGCCCCCCUCGAAAGACUCAACCAACUCCGUCGCCCAAGUGGCAAGAAGGCCAGAACGUGCACACUAUGAUCCACAUUCAGGGUGGUGACAAUUGGGUUGGCCGGCUCAAGUCUGCUUUGGUACGAAGAAAGGAUGGCAAUAAUGCCACGGUUGAUCCAUAUGCCGUGCCUCCGCGGGAAGCCCCUGCUCCCCUCCGGUCUGGCAAGACAAGCCCCACUCCUGAGGUUAUUUCACCCACCCCUGUAAGGAACGAGGUUCGGGAGUCAGUCGAGAGUACACGACCCGCACCAACUGUGCUUCCCGCACAUGCCUAUUUCUCUACGAGGUCUCCCAGCCCACCCAUCACUCCUCCCGGACUGUCGGUGGUACCCACUUCUCCCACUCCGAGUGUCGGCCCGGCCAAUGCCUACCUCGCUCGUCAAGUACCGCCUCUGAGCACUGUCCCAGGGGGCCGAAUUCCCCAAAUUAGUCGGCACCGUGCACAAAUGUCGACAAGCAGUGCCAACCCAUUUAGCACUCCUUUUGAUGACCCACGAGCGUCGCUAGCGGAUUCCCGUCCCCCGGCUGUUGGACGUGCUUUCUAA